AUGAAAUUGCAGAAAGAACUAGAUGAGGUGAAAGAAAAUUAACUAAGUUUUCCAAUUAGAUAGCAUGAUUUCUAAAAGAUGGGAGUUUAUCUUAAGUACUAUCUGAAUAAUUAUGGGGAUCCUUUCUAAGAUAAUACAGAUUACAAUCAACUCAGAACAAGAUAAUUUGAGAAUUAGGUUAUAAGAUACUUUGGUGAAUUGUACAAAGUCCCGUAAGAGUGCGAAUUAUGGGGUUAUAUGACUUCAGGGUCAACAGAGAGUAAUAUGCAAGCAAUAUAUUUCGCCAGAGAGUAUUUUAAAAAUCAUUAAAAUGUAGCUGUAAUUUAUACAGAUAAGACUCACUCAUCUCUAAAUAAAGCCAUUUACUAUCUUAAGUUGGACUUUUUCGGCCAUGUUGCGAAAUCAUUAAAUCUGGAGCCCCCAGUAGGAAUGAAAGAGUGGCCAGACAAAGUUCCUCACAAUUCAGCAGGACAAAUGGAUAUUGAUUCUCUGAAAACAAUUUUAAAGCCCCUUGCAGAGAAAAAGAUCCCAGUUUUAAUAAUUUCGAAUGUAGGCACAACUUCAUCUUGCUCAUUUGAUAACACAACUGAAAUAAUAAAAGCAUUGAAAACUUAGGAAUUUUAUAAAGACUCGAGAAAUCAUUGGAUCCAUAUUGAUGGUGCAUGGUGCGCUCCAUACAUAAGAUUUCUUUAAAUAGCAUCAACAACCUAAAGAUAUAAAAUUUUGCCAACUAAAACAAUCAAUGAGGCCAAGUUCGAUUUCUCAUUAAAUGAAGUGAAAAGUAUCACAACUAGUAUUCAUAAAUGGAUUCCUUCUCCUUUUCCUUCAUCAGUACUACUAAUAAAGGACAAAUAUUUAAUGCCUUCAGAUCAUUUAUAGAAUUCUUAUAUACUAGGUUAAGAUUAUACACUAACUACCUCAAGAAAUGGACAUGCUCCCCUGUUUACAUGGGAUUAUUUAAUGAAAAAAACAUUGAAUGAUCAUUUAGAUGAUGCAGUAAAUGCAUAUAGUAUGGCUAAUUAUGUUUGCUCUAAACUUAUAGACAUCCAAGAUUAGUAUAAUGUUGAUCUAAGAAUAUAAAAGACAUAAAUAGGAUUAAAUAUCAGAUUUAAGAAGCCAAGUGAUGAUAUUUGCUACAAAUACGGAUUGAUGGUGAUGGGGGAUGAGGCUCUUAUUUUUAUUAUGCCGGAUAAGACGAAACAAUUAUGUGAUAUGUUUUUGAGUGAUUUACGCAAUGAAAUGAGAAUUAGAAAGCUAUGA